GUGUAGAAGCCAGACUGGCCAGAUGUGUUUGAAGAUGUUGAAAACUAUGUUGCAAAUAAUGAGAUGGUGAUAAGAAGCCAAGAAAAUGAGAAACAUCUAAGAGUUUCAACGACAAUAAAAAAGAAAACAAGGAAAAGGUAGAAAAAAUUGGGGGAAAAAGCACACGGGCCACAACCCUAUUAUUAUGGCUGGCUCCCCUUCCUUCCUUCCUUAUCUCCUCCAUUCCUCUCUUGAACCUUGCGCCAUCAUCUUCACUGGCACUCUCUCUUUCUUCUCGAAUCCACCACACAAACAAACUAUAGAAAAUUGAUUAAAGUAACAGUAAGCCUCUGAUAAAAGAAGAAACCCCAGAUAUCUGAAAUUCAUGAAUCUCAGAAUUUCGGUGGUUUAAACUCUCUUUCUGAACACUCAAUUUCUUGAAAGAAAUCGCAGAGUACAAUGAAGAGGGAUCGCGAUCGACCCAAGGAGGAGAGCUCUUUGAUGGGCAAAUCAAAGAUUUGGGAAGAGCCCCCGCCUGAUGGAGGGAUGGACGAGCUUCUGGCCGUUUUGGGCUACAAGGUGAAGAGUUCGGACAUGGCGGAGGUAGCUCAGAAGCUCGAGCAGCUUGAGAUGGCCAUGGGGACGACGAUGGAAGAUGGGAUUUCCCAUCUCGCAACUUCUACGGUUCACUACAAUCCUUCUGAUCUGACCGGCUGGAUCCAGAGCAUGCUCUCCGAGCUCAACGCCUCUUCUGCUUUCUCCCCAGAUUUCGACGCCCUUCCUCGUCACUCUGCUUGCAGCGCCGUGGUUAGCGACGAAUUGGUCGUUUCCGGCGAACCAUCCUCGGCUAUUACGGGCGGCCAUGGUAGGAGGAUCUCCGAUGAUGAUUUGAGGGCGAUUCCGGGCGGCGCUAUCUUCGGAAACGGCAAUAGAGAGCAGAAGGGGCGAGAUCCGGCGUCGGAGUCUUACAAAAGACAGAAAUCCUCGGCUGGAUCUGAUUUCUCCGCCAAAUCGGCGGCGGAGAUGGGCGGAGCGGUGGCUACAGAGGCUGCUCGGCCGGUGGUUCUGGUGGAUUCUCAGGAAACCGGCGUCCGGCUUGUCCAUACCCUGAUGGCCUGCGCCGAAGCCGUUCAGCAGGAGAAUUUCAAGUUCGCGGACGCCCUGGUGAAACACAUCGGAGUUCUCGCCGUUUCCCAGGCCGGAGCAAUGCGCAAGGUGGCCACAUAUUUCGCGGAGGCCCUCGCCCGCCGGAUUUACAAAAUCUACCCCAAAGACACCUUCGACACCUCCUUCAACGACGUCCUCCAGAUGCACUUCUACGACGCCUGCCCCUACCUGAAAUUCGCCCACUUCACCGCCAACCAAGCCAUCCUCGAGGCCUUCUCCGAUUCCCCCCGCGUCCACAUCAUCGAUUUCAGCCUGAAUCAAGGGCUGCAGUGGCCGCCGCUGAUGCAGGCUUUAGCACUCCGUCCCGGCGGCCCGCCGGCCUUCCGGCUCACCGGAAUCGGCCCUCCCCAGAAGGACAACAUCGAUGCUCUUCAAGAAGUCGGCUGGAAACUUGCCCAGUUUGCCGAGAGUAUCGGCGUGGAGUUCGAGUUCAGGGGAUUCAUGGCUAAUUCUCUUUCUGACAUAGACCCAAAAAUGUUGGACAUGAGACCGAGCAAGUACGAGGCUGUGGCGGUGAACUCCAUUUUCGAGCUCCACCGGAUGUUGGCCAGAAGCGGCGGGAUAGAGAAGGUGUUGGACUCCAUCAAAGGGAUGAAGCCGAGGAUUGUCACGGUUGUGGAGCAGGAAUCGAACCACAACGGCGAGGUUUUCCUGGACCGGUUCAACGAGGCCUUGCAUUAUUACUCAACCAUGUUCGACUCCCUGGAGAGCUCCUCCGGGCAGUCUCCGGUCAACAGCCACGACCUGGUGAUGUCGGAGCUCUACCUGGGGCAGCAGAUCUGCAACGUGGUGGCGUGCGAAGGGGCGGACCGGUCCGAGCGCCAUGAGAGUCUGAGUCAGUGGAGGAAGAGGAUGAGGACGGCCGGGUUCGACCCGGUUCCCCUCGGCUCGAACGCUUUCAAGCAGGCGAGUAUGCUCCUGGAGAUGUUCGCCGGCGGAGGUGGGUACCGGGUGGAGGAGAACGACGGUUGCCUGAUGUUGGGGUGGCACACCAGGCCGCUGAUUGCCACCUCCGCUUGGAAGCCGAGCGCCGGCGUGCCGCAGUGAGUCGAUCAACUCGUGGGUGCCGAGUCUGUGCCGAGUUGAUUGGUUGUGUGGAGUGAGGGACAGAGAAAGAGACGGUCCCAAAAUGAGUCAAAUCAUGUCUUCUAUUUUCCCUCUCUCUAUCUUCUUUUUUUUUAAAAAAAAUUUACUGCAUGAAAAGUCGUCCUUUUUUUUUAUUUUAAUUUUUACAAGUUUGAUAAGUUUUUGUAAUGGUUUGAUUUGGGUGUUUGUUCACAUAAUGUGGUCUAGGACUUUUCCCCUUCUAAAAAAAUGUUGCUAUAUAUUUAUUAGGGGAGAGUAAAUUAGUUGAGGGGUGUUUGAUGAAUCCGCAUGUUUGGUGUGGAAGAAUAAGACAUUUGGUAUUAUAAUGUACAAAAAUCCCUAUCUUCUUCUUCCCUUCUCGUCUCAGCCGUGACAGCUUCUUUAAUUAAAUUUUCAGGUGUGGG